GCCGUCUCGCCAGGGUGCGUCCCCACGUCGCCGUGCGUUGUGACGUCGCGCGCCCCCCCUCCGGAGUGUGUGGUGGCUGGAGCUGCCCUGCGCGUGCGGGAGCGUGCGAGCGAGCGUGUGAGCGGGCGCGCGCGUGGAUGUAUGUCUGGACGUGGGUCUCCGGGCGGGGGCGCGCGCGCGUGUGUGGAACUUGGUCUCCCCGGUGGGGCCGGACCGGGCCGCGGCGACGGGAGAUCUGAAAGGAUCUGUCAAAGAAGAGGAAUCCCAAAGGGCUUGCAGAGAACCAGGAGCUUCUGACCUACUUCUGUGCCACCCUGUUUCCCUGUUAGUGUGAAAAUUGGUGUCGUGGUGCUGCCUAGGUGCUAAGCCCCCCUCCUUGAAAACAUGUGAGGGGUGCCCCUUUCCCUGUACCUUCCUUGACCCCUUUGUGGGGGCGUUGCUGCUAAGGCCAAGGCGCUGGCCAUCAUGAUGUUCCGGGAUCAGGUGGGCAUGCUGGCCGGCUGGUUCAAAGGCUGGAACGAAUGUGAGCAGACGGUCGCCCUGCUGUCCCUUCUCAAGCGUAUCUCUCGCACCCAAGCCCGCUUUCUGCAGCUGUGCCUGGAGCACUCGCUGGCCGACUGCACAGAGAUCCAUGUUCUGGAGUCAGAAGCUAACAGCGCAGCCCUCAUCAACCAGUGGCAUCAAGAGCCCAAAGACAAAGUCGUCUCCCUGCUCCUCUCCCACCUGCCCCUCCUCCAGCCUGGCAACGCAGACGCCAAGUCCGAAUACAUGAAGCUUUUGCAGAAGGUGCUGGCCUACUCCAUCGAGAGCAACCUCUUCAUUGAAGAGAGCCGGCAGCUGCUCUCCUACGCCCUCAUCCACCCGGCCACCACCGUGGACGACCGCAGCUCCCUGGCCCUUUGGCUCAACCAUCUGGAGGAGCGCCUUUCCAUCGGCUACUCCAGCCAGGGCAGGGGACGGCCAGACACGGCCUACCACUCGCGCCAAGGCUCAGACGACUGGCAAGGCCCAGUGGAGACGGGCCUCGGAGAUCUGGGGCACGGCUGGCAGGAGAAGGCACCACGGGAAAACGGGCACCUGUCCUUCCACCCUGCCGGCUCGGUGUCCUCGGCCAUCAAUAGCAUUGGGAGCAGCACGGGCAGCACAGCUCUUCCUUGCCAAAUCCACCCCAGCCCGCUGAAGCGCUCCAUGUCGCUCAUCCCCACGGGCCAGCAGGUCCCCAGCGAGUGGAUGAACAUGGACGAGAUGGGGGCCAGGUCGGCCUUCAUCUCCGGCGGGGAGCACGCCCCCCUCUCGCCCCAGAGCAGCGUGGCUUCCUCGGGCAGCGAGCAGACGGAGGAGCAGCCCGGUGGUCGGAACUCCUUCCAGGAGGACGGCAGCGGCAUGAAAGAUGUUCCCUCGUGGCUGAAGAGCCUCCGUCUCCACAAAUACGCAGCGCUUUUUUCCCAAAUGACUUACGAAGAGAUGAUGACUCUCACGGAGCAGCAUCUGGAAUCGCAGAAUGUGACCAAAGGAGCGAGGCACAAAAUUGCCCUAAGUAUCCAAAAGUUGCGCGAAAGGCAGAGCGUCCUGAAGUCCUUGGAGAAGGACAUUUUGGAAGGGGGGAACUUAUGGAACGCCCUUCAGGAGCUGCAGCAGAUCAUCACCACCCCCAUCAAGGCCUUCCACGCUCUGCAGGCUGCGGCCGCAUCCAAGGAGGCCCAGCCAUUGGCCGCCGAGCCGAGGGGGGGUCCCAAGCUGGCUCUGGAGAAAAGCAGCAACAGCACCGAGGGCAAGGAAGCCACCGACGACCCCUUCCCGCCCCCAACCGGCUCUCCGUGCGAUGGAGAAUCCGGAGCGGCACCGAUCGGCGAAGGGGACAUUGCAGGGCAGUUCACUCGCGUGAUGGGUAAAGUGUGUACGCAGCUGCUCGUCUCCAGGCCGGAUGAGGAGAACAUCACCAGUUACCUCCAACUGAUAGAGAAGUGCUUGAUGCACGAGGCCUUCACCGAGACCCAGAAAAAGCGUCUCUUGUCCUGGAAGCAGCAGGUCCUGAAGUUGCUCCGUACAUUCCCGAGGAAGGCUGUGCUGGACAUGCAAGGCUAUCGCCCCCAGAAAGGAUGGGCCUUUGGCUCCAACUCUCUCCCCAUAGCUGGAUCUGUGGGGGUGGGAGUGGCCCGCCGAGGACAGAGGCAGUUCCAGAUGCCCCCCCGUGCCCUCCCCCCAAGCCGCAUGGGGAUCCUGAGUCCCGUGGGGAUCGGUGGAGUCUCUCCACGGCACGGUCUGACCAGCCCAAAUCUGGGGAGCCAAGGUCGGCAGAACCUCUGGUUUGCCAAUCCCGGUGGCAGCAACAGCAUGCCCGGCCAGAACCGCAGCUCAGUCCAGCGGACCCACUCGCUGCCCGUCCACACCUCCCCUCAGGCCAUCCUCAUGUUCCCACAGGAUUGCCAGCUCCCUGGAACGGAUCUGGAGAUCAACCCCACCUUGGAGUCCCUGUGCCUGAGCAUGACGGAGCACGCGCUGGGCGAUGGGACGGACAAGACCUCAACCAUCUGAACAAGCUGGAUCUGCGGGCAUAUUAUGAGAAGCUUUAGGAUGGCUGUUUUAUUUUUUUUUCUCCUCCCAUUCCUUUUUUUGUUUGUUUGUUUUAAACCCUCCCCCAGGGGUAUGUCACUACGGGGGUAGCUGAAUAAUUUUUUGUUUUCCUCCUCUCCCCCCCCCCAAAAAAAUCCCUCUUUCUCCAGCAUUCCUUAGCAGCCAGAGGAAUAGAGGAGAAAAAAACCUGUCACUACAAUCUUUACCAUCUUAUUGCGUUCUAAUAUUUUUUUUCUUCUAUUUUUUAUUAUUCUUAUAACUUCAGAUAUUGGUUUAAUAUUUUGAUGUACAGGGGAGGUGGCGGUCUCUCCGGUUUAACGUGCAGAUGCAGGGGCCUAAAUUAGGCCCGGUAUAAUUCUUUUUCCCGAUUUGUUUUCCCUCUCUCGGCCCCCUUCCCUCCUUUCCAGUGCCUGCCUACCUCUCCCUCCUUCCCUUCUGCGUAAGGAAGGAACAGGGGAGGUAAUCCAAGAGGACACCUGAGUAGAAACAGAGUUCACCCCCCCCCCCCUUGUAUCGGGGAUGUUGGGGGGGGGAAUGAGACAGGCUGGCAAACCAAGAACCAUUUUCACCGCUAGUUUUGGGUCUCUGCAGGGAGGAGGAGGGGAAGGGUGCAGCAGGUGACUUGUAAAAUUUUAAAAGUGCCUCUAUUACUUGCUUCCACCGAGACUGGUGAGUGGGGUGGGAGGGGGACCCCAGGGAACGGCCCAGGGAGGACGGGGGUGUCCAGCACACAAUUGGGGUUCGUUUUCAUUUUUACGCUCUUGAAACAACCUCCAGCUCUUUGAGGAACCGGGCGGAGUAGCUUAGGCCUCUCCCAGAAAUAGCGUGGGAUUUUUUUCUGAACCCCUUCAGUUCCUGCCCGGUGAGGCUUGUUGUUGUUGUUGUUGUUCUUUUUCUUUUUUAAAAAUGUGGCAGUAUUAAGCCUAGUUCUGUUGAAGCAGUUUGGGUGGGUGGAGCGGAGGUCACCAGUUUCAGAAGCCGAAUUCUCAGUUGAGCUGAUUUGAGUUCCGGGCACGGCUUCCAGACCCUCUUUACUCUCUUCCCUUUCCCUAACCUCCCUCCCCCCCAGGUCAGGUUGUGGAGGGGGGCAGGGAGGGGGUAAAUGGUCAGAAUACCUGUGCAGCAUCUCCCAAAACUGGUCAAGAGUUUUUCUCUAGUUCAAUCGUUGGGGUUGAGUAAUUGUGUGUCUUCCUUUGUUGAAAGGGGUGAUAGGGAGAGUGUGAAGGUAGGACCAGGGCAAACUGGCCAUAGCAGGACCUGAGGACAGGGUGUGUGAGGGUGCGUGUGUGUGUGUGUGUGUGUGUGUGUGUGUGUGUGUGUGUGUUCCCCUCCACCCAAUUUCCUGGUACUUAGCAAAGUUGAGGAGCAGAAAGGGUGAUAUUUGCAAAGCCAGGAAGAACUUGAUCAGAUGCUGGCAUGCAAGUGAUCCAGGAUCAUCGUGGCUAAUUGGGACUGGGAGGGGGGAGGAAAGACUUUGGGGGUGCAUCCCAGUGGGCUACAAGAUUUGGGUGAGGGUUGUGGGGGGGCGGCAUCAGGCCGGACACCCACCUUCGCACAUCUCCAGCCGGUCUGCGCCGCCUUGUUUACAGUUUCCUAGUUUCGGAUAGCUUUACUGCAGGAGGGAGGGGAGGACAUUGCUACCUGCCCCCCCCCGCCUUUCCCCGGGGAGGCAGGGCCAGGAAAGACGGGGCAGGGCUGGACUGGCAAAGACCAGCCUUACCUCUUGAUUGCAGGUCCACGUAAGCAGGGUGAGAGGACGAGCGAGGGUGGGUGUGCGGGCUUCACAACUGGGGGGCAAGGGUAGUUUGCCCACUAAGGUAGGGGGCUGGGGGGCGUCCUGUGGGUUCUGCCCCCUUCAGCUGGGCGUGGUGCCCCUGCUGGGGGUGGCAGCGUCUCUUUGUAGCCCCUCCCCUGUCCACCAGCGUCAGCCAGUUCUUAGGUACCGAAUUCUCGCCGAGUCCCCUCUCCCCUCUCACACCGACGAGAGCUGUUCGAAGUCUGAAAAGCCUUUUUCCAAAGUGUAUACCGAAGAGUAGUGUACAAAAACAAAACGAGACAAAAAAAUGAGAAAAACAAACCAGACAGAGCUACUGUAUUUCUUAAAAAAAAAAAAAAAAAGUAGAGAGACAAGGUUCCUGUUUGAAAUAGAAAUGUUAUUUUAGAUACAUUUUAUUAUGAAUAACUUUUGUUAUGACUAUGGCUGGUAACCAUGAAUACGUUAUUUAAAAAAAAAACACACACACAAAAUGUUUUACAAAAAAAAAAAAAGAUCAAAUUCUGACUUUAGAUUGCUUUGUUGGACUCCUUUGCUGCUUUCCCCCCCCCCCUUUCUGGUUUUUUGCUUUGUAAAAGGCAUAUACAGAAUUUAAGCAUUAGUCCUUUUUUUAUUAACCUCUAUGAUAAAGCUGUGCUUAUUUUGUA